AUGCGCUGUAUCCAUUCCGGUGGGCCGCCAUGUAUCCGCUGCAAAGAGCGAGGAGAUGAGUGCAUCUUCCCUCCCAAGGGCACUUCGUUCAUCUUUAGGCGCUCGCGACUUGAGCGCCAGGCGCGUGCCGCUCCGAAUGUGCCUUAUUCAGCAGACGGCAACUUUGCAGCUUCACUUCUGGCCACCCCGGCGGCUGCCCAGAGUAACAGUGCAGAGGACCCCGAUGAGCAUCCCAAGAUCAAUUUAUGGGAGAAGGACCCGUUGGAUUACGUGACAGAUGAGGUCAAGGAGAGCUACCUAAGAUGUUCCUACAAAUGGUCGUUUCAUCACAUCCCUACAUUCUUCACAGCAAUCCGCAACAAGGUGCUGGAUCGGUCUGUUGCGUGGGCUAUGCUGGCUAUUACAGUGAGAUUUCUCAAAAACCCCCCAGAGGGAUUCUCCAGUCAGAUUCAGACCAGCAACUAUUUUGCGGCGCAUACUAGAUCCCUCAUCCUUCCAUCAAUCGACGAGCCAAGCCUGCAGCGGAUCCAAGUUCUUCUUAUGCUCACCGGCCAUGGAUGGGGCUCGGGUGAGGGGAGGCGCGCAUGGGUCUACCUUGGGAUGGCCGUGAGAAUGGCUCAGAUCAUGGGCCUAUUUGACGAUCCUCCGGUUGGGGCCCAGACCAAAGAAGAGUUCAUUCACGGAGAGGAACGACGACGCACCGCAUGGACUUGUUUCCUUAUGGACAGUCUGCUGAGCGGCGGCAAGGGCCGUGAGCGGCUGCUUUCUGCAGACAGCAUGCACAUCCAACUGCCCUGCGACUCAGGCAACUUUAUCUUUGGCGAGCCUGUCAUAUGUCCCCAUAUUGACGGCUUCCGAUCCGAUGGCAAUCCACACAUCCCGAUCGGCAAGCUGGGCAUCGUCGCGUACAGCAUGCGAGUUGCUGACGUCUGGGGUGCUGUUGCUAAGUGGUCCUGCUCUUCGCAUCCCAAUAAUACGCCUCCGUGGCAACCAGAGUCUGAAAUCCAGCGUUUGUUAGUUCGCUUGAAUGCCUGGAGGGAAUCUCUGCCUCCACGCCUAAGGUAUGACUUAUCAUUGCUGCAUGCGCAUAGCGUCCAGAAUCAAGGACAGGCGUAUUGCUAUAUGCAUUGUAUCUACUUCAUGUCUGUCAUCUUCCUUUAUCGAUCCUACCUGCCGGAAUUGGAAAUGCACGAAGAGGCCGAGUUGGAGAACGGCGAUAGGAAGCAGUGGACCGUGUUCUCCUCCAGAGAGCUUGCACAAGUUGCCGAUCAAGUAUGCGAAAUGCUUCAAGAGAUACGCGGGUUCGGCCUGUUCUUUCUACGAGGCUUAGUCCCGUGGAUAGGCUUCACCAUCUACACAGCUGUUGGAACAUUGCUGUACUUUUGGCAUUUCCCUCACGUAAGCGAGGGCGACCCGCAGAUCGAGAGCUGGCGGCAACGCAUCAUUGAUGGAUGUGUUUUCCUCAAAGAUAUGAGGCAAGCCUGGCCUAUGGCUGAUACCUGGCGCGAAACUAUCAAAGCGAUGCACAUAUUUUACAGCAACUCCAAGUCAAAGGGCACCGAGUCCGUGAGUCCGAGUGCCAGACGAGAAAUGCGAAACGCCAUCAUCGACUACGGCGCUUUGCAGCCGUCCCCCGUCCACCCUGCUGAUAGUGCAAGCGAAGAAGAUGUUGCAAUUGCAUCUGAACAAGAAGAAACAAUAGCUACGCAUGAUAUCAGUACGAAUGAGACGAACGAGACCGAACUUGUGUCUCAUGAAUUUGGCGUGGUACCGCCUGCCGAUUAUGACCUUUUUGAUACGCACUUCGAUAUUGACUCUACUAUGCAGGCGUCAUUUGCAGAUGCUACCCAGGGCUUCUGGGAAGGAUACCCAGGAAACAAUGACAUGUCAGGGUGGUAG